AUGACACACAUGCUGUAUGCGGCCGCCCGGCGGGUGCAAUGGAGCAGGACGAGCGUCGCGAAGAGGGCUGCGUGCCUGCUGGCUGCGGCGUAUGGACUCAGAAUCCUCUAUCCCAUCAUCCGCAGGCGCGUGAAGCGGGCAGGCUGCAAAGGCGGCUCGCAGGAUACUGUCCGGGCUGAACCGCGCCGCACCGACAGCCAGGGCAGAACCUCCCCGGCUGUGGACGCAGAAUUUUUCAAGCAGCUGCUGGAACUUCGUAAGUUAUUCUUUCCAAAGCUGUUGAGCGGCGAGCUGGGCUUGCUUUGCCUGCACUCAGUCGCUCUGGUUUCCAGGACCUUCCUCUCCAUCUAUGUGGCCUCCCUCGAUGGGAAGAUUGUGAAAAGCAUCGUGGGAAAAAAGCCUAGGAGCUUUGUCUUCAAUUUAAUGAAGUGGUUGAUGAUUGCAAUCCCAGCCACUUUCGUGAACAGCACCAUACGGUACCUGGAGUGCAAGCUGGCCCUUGCUUUCCGUACGCGCCUGGUAGAUCGUGCCUAUGAGACCUACUUUACCAACCAAACUUACUACAGAGUCAUCAGCAUGGAUGGGCGGCUGGCCAACCCUGACCAGUCCCUCACUGAGGAUAUCAUGAUGUUCUCACAGUCUAUGGCUCAUCUCUACUCCAACCUCACCAAGCCCAUCCUGGAUGUCAUGGUGACCUCCUACACCCUCAUCCGCUCAGCUCGGUCCCGGGGAGCUAACCCAGUCGGGUCCACGGUCCUGGCUGGGCUUGUUGUCUACGCUACAGCCUGCGUGCUUAAAGCCUGCUCACCCAGGUUUGGCAAGCUGGUAGCUGAGGAGGCUCACAAGAAAGGCUAUUUGCGCUUCAUGCAUUCACGCAUCAUUGCCAAUGUGGAAGAGAUCGCCUUUUACCGAGGGCACAAGGUAGAAUUGAGGCAACUGCAGAAAAGCUACAAGGCUUUGGCAGAUCAAAUGAAUCUCAUUUUUUCCAAACGUUUAUGGUACAUCAUGAUAGAGCAGUUCCUGAUGAAGUAUGUCUGGAGUGGCUGUGGUAUGAUUAUGGUUGCUGUGCCCAUCAUCACUGCAACAGGAUUUGCAGAUGGCGAUUUGGAAGAUGGCCAGAAACAGGCAAUGGUUGGUGAAAGAACAGAAGCUUUUACUAUAUCACGAAACUUGCUGAUCUCUGCAGCAGAUGCUGUUGAAAGGAUUAUGUCUUCGUACAAAGAGGUUACAGAGCUAGCAGGCUACACUGCCCGAGUCUACAACAUGUUUUCAGUCUUUGAUGAGGUGAACAGAGGUAUCUACAAAAGAACUGCAGUUAUUCAAGGAGCUGAAAACAACAGCAAGAAUAAAGAUAAAGCAGCAUUACACAUUGAUGGGCCCUUAGAAAUCAAAGGGAAAGUUGUUGAUGUUGAUCAUGGAAUUAUUUGUGAAAAUGUUCCUAUUAUUACUCCAAAUGGCGAUGUGGUGGUUUCCAAACUAAACUUCAAAGUCGAGGAAGGGAUGAAUCUUUUAAUCACAGGACCUAAUGGCUGUGGAAAGAGUUCGCUUUUCAGAAUUUUAAGUGGUUUGUGGCCUGUGUAUGGAGGAGUUCUCUACAAACCUCCUCCACAGCAUAUGUUUUAUAUACCACAAAGGCCCUACAUGUCCAUUGGAACACUACGUGAUCAAGUCAUCUAUCCAGACUCAGUGGAGGAUAUGCAUGAGAAAGGCUACCAAGACCAAGAUCUGGAGAGUAUCCUGCAUAUGGUUCAUCUGUACCACAUAGUUCAAAGAGAAGGAGGCUGGGAUGCCAUCAUGGAUUGGAAAGAUGUCUUAUCGGGAGGAGAAAAACAAAGGAUGGGCAUGGCUCGGAUGUUUUACCAUAAGCCGAAAUAUGCAUUGCUGGAUGAAUGCACGAGUGCUGUAAGCAUUGACGUUGAAGGAAAUAUAUUCCAAGCUGCAAAAGCUGUUGGGAUAUCCCUGCUUUCUAUAACACACAGACCUUCUCUUUGGAAGUACCACAGUCACUUGCUGCAGUUUGAUGGACAAGGCGGCUGGCGUUUCGAGAAGCUGGACAAUGCUGUCCGUUUAUCGCUGAGUGAGGAAAAACAGAGACUGGAAUCCCAGCUUGCAGGAAUUCCUAAAAUGCAGCAGAGACUGAAUGAGCUGUGUAAAAUCUUGGGAGAAGACUCAGUGCUUAAAACAAUGGACGAAGAGGAAUAA